AUGAAUCCUUGGAGCAACGGCACUUGGGCACUUGGGCACUUGGGCACUUUGGCAACUUUUAAAGAAGCGCUAGCUACGGUAGCGGGGAACGACGUUGGCGUCAACACAUUUCCCCUUCGAGGCAUCUUGUCAAUAGUACCAAAUAGCUUGACCAUUCCCAUCACCGACACUUGCGCUCUCUUUACUCGCUCUCGACUAUCUCUUCGGCUCCCGCUCCCGAACGCGCUGCUCUUCAAAUUCAGCAUCCGCGAUCCUCCGACGCACGCCCUCACCUUUGACACAGCCACGCACAGCUCCGAGACGUUGGUGAACCGGAAUAGCGGCCUCGAGGUUGGAACGGACCGGCACCGCACAAGGCUGUCUGCCUUUCUGGACCCGGCUGUGAAGAUGGGGUUCCUUGGUGUCUACAAAGCCGUAUACGAUUACGCCCCUCAAGGUGCUUCCGAGAUUGCGAUCGCCGAGGGAGAUAUACUUUAUGUGCUGGAGAAGAGCGACGAGGACGACUGGUGGAAGGUGAAGAAGAAGGCGUCUGGGGAAGAGGAUGAAGAACCCACGGGUCUUGUCCCGAAUAACUACAUCGAAGAGGCACAUCCUACACACCAUGCUCGUGCGCUUUACGAUUACACUAGGCAAACGGAUGAAGAGCUCUCUUUCACUGAGGAAGCUGUGCUUGAAGUCUUUGAUACCUCUGACCCAGACUGGAUCUUAGUCGGAUUCCAUGGCGAGUAUGGCUUUGUGCCUGCUAACUAUAUUGAUAUUCAAGACAAGACAGCUCAGCCAGAUCAUUCGGAACCGCCCCCGCCUAGUCUAUCUAGAAGGCCACCUACGGCUGUCGAAGAAGAGUACACGCCCGCUUCACCAGCUUCACCUGCCAGCCCGGUCAACAAUCCGGCAGCAGCUCUAGCAGGUAUUAUCAACCAGCGCAAGAGUUCUGCGCCGGCAGCCCGGGCACACCCAGCACAGUAUACCCCCGAAGAUUCUGAUGAGGAUGAAGGACCCCCACCAGCAAUGCCUACUCGCCCUAUCUCAGUGGCAGUACAUCCCGAGUCACAUUACGCACGUUCAGCGUCUCCCGCAUCUCCAUCAGGGCCCCGGAUGUCACCACCCUACAAUCGAGCUAGUUUAAGCCGAAACAUUGACGAUGAGGUUGCUUCCCAUUUGCAAGGAGGAUUCCAUAUGUACAAUAUCAACGAAAUGGUAUCUGUAAUGGGCAAGCGAAAGAAAAUGCCAACAACUCUGGGUAUCAACCUGGCCACUGGUGUUAUUCUCAUUGCCCCCGAAAAGGCCAGAGAUGGCCCUCAAAUGACAUGGAGUGCUGAUAAAUUGGCGCAUUACUCGAUCGAAGGGAAGCACGUAUUUCUGGAAUUGGUCCGCCCGAGCAAAAGCGUAGAUUUCCAUGCUGGAGCCAAAGACACUGCUACUGAAAUUGUGAGUGCUCUGGGGGAGCUGGCUGGAGCUGUUCGAGCAGAGGGGCUACGCGAGGUUAUCAUGGCUGGCACGGGCCAAUCACAAAAGAAGGGGCAGAUUCUCUAUGAUUUUAUGGCCCAGGGAGACGACGAGGUCACGGUUGCUGUGGGCGACGAGAUCUAUAUCGUUGAUGACUCGAAAAGCGACGAAUGGUGGCAAGUUAAACGGCUUCGAAACGGGAAAGAGGGCGUAGUACCAAGCUCAUACGUUGAAGUUACGGGUAUGGUAUGUGCACCAACUUCGUCCGGUCUCAACGCUGGCAAGUCGGCCGUCGAUCAAAACAGGCUCGACGAGGAACGAAUGGCGAAGGAGUCUCUUAGAGCAGCUCGGAGGGAGGAAGAGCGAGGGUCAGAGGUAGGCCCUGGAACGCGUUUACCUGCCAGAGAUUCCAGUUUAUCGGCACGAGACAGUAGUAACCAUGAUGGGGAACAGAGCAGCAGGAACGAAAGCGGCCGAGACGGACGCUCGAAAACUUCGAAGUCAAAACCUGACCCCGCGAAAGUACGAACCUGGACCGACAGAUCGAAGUCGUUCAGCGUCGAGGCACAAUUCUUGGCUCUGAAAGAUGGCAAGAUCAACCUUCACAAAAUGAACGGGGUGAAAAUUGCCGUGCCCGUGGUGAAGAUGUCAGUUGAAGAUCUAGAAUAUGUUGAGCGCGCUACAGGAAUAUCGCUUGACGAGGACAAACCUCUUUCGGAUAUCAAGAAACAGCGAGGGCGCACCCCCGAGAACGACAGUACCAGUGCUGGCGCAAGAAUCGAGCCCAGGCCAACAAAGCCCGAGUAUGACUGGUUUCAAUUCUUCCUCUCUUGCGAUGUUGCCGUUGGACUAUGCGAACGAUACGCCCAAGCAUUCAACCGGGACUCGAUGGAUGAGAGUGUUCUACCUGACAUCGAUGCAACUGUCCUAAGAACAUUAGGUAUCCGGGAAGGAGACAUCAUCAAGAUCAUGAGAUUCCUUGACAAGAAGUACAACCGUAGUGGAAAGAGAAACGUCAAUUUGGGGGGCGAUGAAGCUGGUGAUGAAUCAUCCGUUGGAUUAUUCUCUGGACCUGGCGGCACUCUCAAGAAUAACACCCGAAAAGGCCGUCCAGCGCCCGCUGUACAAACCAAUGACAUUGUGGAUGCGGAUGCAUUCAAGCAAGGUUCGAAUGAGAAGACUGUCCGUGAUGGUGUAGCCACGCCACUUACUUCAAUGCCAACUCCAGCGAAAAAGGAUGAGGAUAGACCAGGCUUUGAAGACGAUGCGUGGUCGGUCAAGCCUUCCAAACAACAACCUCAGGCCACACAACCACCUCAAACUGCACCUGCACCGGCCCCAGCUACUCUGACAGGUUCCUUUGGGGAUUUGUCUUUACUUUCGCAACCUCUUGAACCAACAAAAAUCCAGCCAACGCCUCCGGUCGCUCAACCACCCCAACAGCCCCCCCAGCAACAGGCCCCCCCUCAGCCUCAAGGAGCUACGCCGUCGUUCUUCGCUGGAAUUGGACAACAGCAAACUGGCCUGCCGCAACAGCAAACUGGUCUGCCGCAACAGCAGGCUACACAGUUCAGUAGCCCGCACUUGGUCAACCAGCUCAACAUAGCCCGUCAAAGACCUGCGCCACCUGGGCAAUUCCAGAGCCAGGGGUCGCUGAUGUUGCCAGCUCCACCAAGUCGUCCGCUAUCUGCCCCGCAAGCAAAUCAACAAAGCGGUUUCUCCCUGCCACCUUUGCAAGCCCAAAACACUGGAAUUCAGAAUUCGUCUGGAUUCCAGACCCAGAUUGCUCCUCCUGGUCAAAGUCUGAAUGACAUGCGAAUGCAACAGCAGCAAUAUGCCGGGUUCAACGGAUCCCAGAUGAUAAACCAGCCUCAAAAUUUCGGCCAAGUACCGCAAAAUGGCUUUCAAUACCCAGCACAAACUGGCAUGCAACCUGGAAUAUCACAGCCGUUCAUGAACAACGGAGGCGGACCUUUCGCUGAUUCACGACCGCAGUCAUUUGCUCCCCUUCAGCAACAACCAACCGGCUUCCAAAGCUCGUUCGGCCCUGCCCAGCAACGAUACUCGCAGCCUGUUGGCGUGAACUCCUUCUUGCCUCCACCUUUACAACCUCAACAAACCGCUAUGCCUCAACAACAGCAACAAAAUGGCUUCAGUUCCUUCCCUCCCCCACCGAUUCCUCCGGUUCCCCAGCAGAACACGGUGAUGCCCUUGGUUCCUCAGAAGACUGGCCCGCCACCACCAGUUAGGUUUGGUGUUACGGGUGACACUAAGAAGCUCAUGCCUCAGGCUACGGGCCGUAGAGCAAAUCUGUCACAAGCAACUCCCCAAAACCCCUUUGGUUUCUAG